CUGAACCAAAAUAAAAACCAUAGCUUUUCUCGUACAAUCGAAUUGAUGGCAAAAGCAACGCGCAUAGCUGUUGUUACAAGUCCUGGCUUGACCCACCUAGUUCCAAUACUUGAGUUCUCCAAAAGAUUCUUGGAGCUUCACCCAAAUUUUCAUGUCACUUGCAUGAUUCCCUCACUUGGGCCACACCCAGAUUCAACCAAAUCCUACCUUCAAACUCUUCCUUCAAACAUUCACUCCAUCCUUCUCCCUCCAAUCAACAAACAAGACUUGCCCCAAGGAGCAUACCCUGGAGUUCUUAUUCAAAAAACCGUUACCCUCUCUCUCCCGUCAAUUCGUGACACCCUUAAAUCCCUCACCUUAAGGGAACCACUUGCAGCUUUGAUCGCAGAUGCUUUCGCCUUCGAAGCACUUUCAUUCGCUAAGGAGUUCAAUUUCUUGUCCUACAUUUACUUCCCUUCUUCAGUUAUGGUUCUUUCAUUGUCUUUGCAUUUGCCAAAACUUGAUGAGCAAGUUACCGGUGAGUACAAAGACCUAAAAGAUCCUAUCUAUUUACCCGGUUGUGUACCAGUUUUCGGGCGUGAUCUUCCAUUACCAACGCAAAAUCGAUCCAGUGAUGGUUACAAACUCUAUCUAGAACGUUGCAAAGGAUCGAGUAAUGUAAAUGGAUUCAUAAUCAAUAGCUUCUUGGAAUUGGAAUCAGCUGCUAUGAAAGCACUUGCAAAGGAGAAAAGUUGCUUCAGCUUUUAUGCUGUUGGACCAAUUACACAAAAAAGGUCAUCAAGCAAUGAUGGUGAUGAGGAAUUAGAGUGUUUAAGAUGGUUGGAUAAACAGCCACAUAGUUCUGUUUUGUAUGUUUCUUUCGGAAGCGGCGGAACACUCUCUCAAAGCGCAAUCAAUGAGCUAGCUUUGGGUUUGGAAUUGAGUGGUCAAAGGUUUUUAUGGGUUCUUAGAGCACCAAGUGAUUCAUCGAGUGCUGCUUACUUAGACAACCAAAAGAACGAGGAUCCAUUGAAAUUUUUACCAAGUGGGUUUCUAGAAAGAACCAAAGAGAAAGGUUUGGUUUUGCCAUCAUGGGCACCCCAAGUACAAAUCCUUAGUCACGAUUCAGUUGGUGGGUUUUUGAGUCACUGUGGUUGGAACUCGGUGUUGGAAAGUGUACAAGUGGGAGUUCCAAUAAUCACAUGGCCACUCUUUGCAGAGCAGAGGAUGAAUGCUGUGUUGUUAGUUGAUGGACUCAAAGUGGCGGUGAGGCCGAAUGUUGGAGAAGAUGGUGUUGUUGAAAAGGAGGAAGUUUCAAAGGUGAUAAAGUGUCUAAUGGAGCAGGAAGAAGGUAAAGCAAUGCGCAAAAGAAUGGAGGAUUUGAAAGCUUAUGCUGCUGAUGCAGUGAACAAAGAUGCUGGUUCUUCAACACAUGCGCUGUCACAAUUGGCUACUAAGUGGGAAAAGUUUAGUGGGAUUGAAGAUAAUAAUUAAAUUAAUAAAAAAAUAACAAAUAAGUUCCUAAUCUUAUAAUUUUCAAACGAAAAUUUAAAUAUAUUUUUAAAUUUUUUAAAACUUAAAUGUUUGCAAGUUUGAAGGUCAAAGAACUAUUUCUCCUUUUCUCAAAUUAAUAAAGCCUUCUAUGGUUCAGUUGAUGUGCAUGUUAUAUAUUGUUUAAUAUGGGCCAGCCAUAUGGGUUUUUCUCUGUUGGUUUUUUUUUUUUUUGUAAUGGACUGAUAUUGAUGUCAGUAAUAAUAUUUAGCUUGCUUUGACACGUUGCGCACAUAAGUCAAAUUUGUUUUCAAGUUAAAUUGUUCGUCUUUCCGAAUUCCGAUUACCAGAAAAAAAAAAAAAAUUGUUCUUCA